GGGAAAAAAAGAGGCUUGGCAGAUGUGCUUUGCUUUCAACUUAGGAACGGCAGGAAGAGACGAGAUAGUGAGCAGAUUGUUACCCUUUUGCAACAGUUUAUGUUUUCACUCACUUUGGUUUAUCUGAUUCAGUUCAUGUGGAGCGUGUCUGAAAACUCCCUGUUGACAUGGAUAACUUCCAGACUGUCCUGCGUUUCUUCAUGAACCAGAAGGCCACCAUUGGUUACAGUUUCAUGGCCCUGCUAACUAUCGGCGGUGAGCGAGUCUUCUCAAUGGUUUCUUUUCAGUGUCCCUGCAACCAUGACCAGAACUUUGCCUACGGACUUACUUUCCUGCUGGGCCCGGCUGCGGUGCUGCUAGUUUUUGGUCUGUUUUUCAGCAGUAGAUUAUGGAGGCUCUACACUGGCUGUUGCCUGAACCCUAUGAAGCUUUGCCCCCGGGGAAACUGCUUCAACUGCAUCAGGGUGUUGAUGGAUAUCUUCACGGGUGCCUGCGUAGCGCCUGUAAUGUGGCUGUGUGUGGCCUUGCUCAACGGGACCUUUUAUGAGUGUGCUGUCAGCGGUUUGAAUGAAAAUGUGGUGGUCGAGCUAUUCUGUAAAAACAAAACGAUGAAGUGUCGGGAGGAGCUGGCCCGGGUGCCCUGUGAGAGGUCCAAACUGUCCAAGGAUGAGCGCACGGAGCUGCUGUUAAUGCUCAGAGCACAGUCACAGAUCCUGGGCUGGUGUAUUAUCAUCAUAGCCUCCACUGUUGGUUUCCUUGGCACAUGCCUCUCUAACUGCCGCUCCAAGGUAAGCUACCUGCAGCUCACCUUCUGGAAACGAUACAUGGAGAAGGAGAAGGAGCAGUUUGACACCUAUGCCAUUGAGUAUGCCACCAAGCUGGCAGAGAGAAACCUCAAAAGUUUCUUUGAAAACAAGGACCCCGAGUCAUUCCCUUUCCCUAAUCACAAAGCAUGGGAAGAGAUAUCUGCCCUUUAUACCUUCUGUAGAAGUGAACAGUAUUAUAGCACCCUACAAAGGUAUGUGGAGCGGGCAGACAGAGACUUCAGCCCAGAAAAAAGACCUGUCAUGGACCUGGAGCAUGGCAUAGAGAUGACAUAGAGAGGGACAAAAUUCAGCUUGGCAUUUGGUUAAUGGAUAACUUGGGGUCAUUCAGAAAACACUCAAUUGCAAUACUGUUAGAUAGUCCCCACUAUUGUUAUCUGACUAUAUGCCUAUUGUGUGUAAAAGUUUGACUCAGGAGAAGUUGCCCCAGGCUACCUCCCAAGCAACAAAGCUACCCUUUCAGUACAUUAUUUUGAGAGAAUAAAACCAUUGCCAGAUUGCAGAUAAUGUGAUAGGUAUGCAUGGGUUUUUAACAUAUUUUAUAGAACAAUAGGGAAUAACCACUGCUUUGUAUGAAUAAAGUCCCUUAACCUAUUACAGUACGUGUAUAUGAAACUUCCUUACACUGAAGUUACUUUUGACAUGGAUUGCAAGCUUGAAUAAUACGAUAUUGUUAUGAUGCACAUGUGAUCUGAAA